AUGGAGUCCCUUCGCGUCGACGGAGGUCGUGGUCGCCAGACGAGCUGCGUGGACGCUGCGAGGAUUCAGCGAAUGAAUCGGCAGGCGGAGCUGCUCUUUGGCAAGGAGCACGUCUUUGAACCUAACUUCGCUGCUCCUCUGCCAUACCCUGACGACUACAACCAUCCAGACGAGGAGGAGCUGCUUGGCGUGGAGUAUGGCAUGUGCCAGUCCACUGCAUUCACUGCAAGGCACUACUACGCGCAGAAAGCUGAGGAGGAGCAGUGUAGGGAGGAGGAGGAGGAGGAGGAGGAGGGGAAAGGGGAGUCCGCUGCUGAGGAGAGUGGCGAGGAAGAGGAGGACGAGCAGGCUGACGAGGGUGUCGGAGGCAUGUCGGAGGAGGACCCCAUAGACCACGUCUGUGAGAAGCAUGUCGUCCUCACUCAGGCAGAGCAGGUGGAGGAAGAGGAUGACCCCGCUUUGCAGGAUGUCCUGGCCAGCCAACGCCAUCUCCAUCUGCCAGGGAUAGAGGAAGUGGAGGCCCUUGCGUCGCUUCUCCUCCAGCUGGCAGACGACAGCGACCACCACCACCUCGUGCCCGCCGUGCUGAGGCAGCAAAUUGCCACGGCUGCUGCUGCUGCUGCUGCUGCUGCUCUCCACGACCACGACCGGUCCGGCGCCAACUUCGUCAAGAAGUACGAGUCCAGGUGGGGCUACACCCUCUUUGGUCGUUGCCUCGGAGCCGACACGCCAGAGACCAGCGCAGCCCAGAAGACCAAGUUUGGCUGGAUGAGGUACCCCCAAGCAGCGCAGGUGACCGAGGAGAGCCGUCUUCUGUACCUCCUGAUUAAGAUGCUGCAGCACCAUCCCACCUGCAGCAAAUUCCACUCGUCUCCCAGCAAGCUGACCUCAUCCAUCAAAGGCCAGUACAAGAGGAUUGCCGACAGAGUGAGGGACGACCCGGUCGUGGGCAGCCUCGCCAUCCCGCUGCUCAACAUAAACGUCAAGUCCAUCAGCAACUUUCAGGAGGGAGGAGAAGAUGGCCAACUUCAGGGCAACGGUUGGACUUUGAAGACCCACAGCCAGACUGUCAACCAGGGCCUUCAAACCGCUGUAUCCAGCCCAAGCCUGCCACUGCAUCCUACGUGCCAUCUGCCGUGGCAAAAGCACCUGUCCUCCUGGUGCUGCCAACCCAACCACAGGCUCCAUCAGUGAGGUUGCUGCCAUCUGCCAACCCAGUCUUCCUCCCUGUCCUCCCACCCUGUCCUCCCGCAGUGAAACCUGUUAUGCCCAACAAGUCCAAUAAGCCAUGUGGGGCUUGCAAGGUGCCGCAGUGUGGGGGGCAGCGGAAGAAAUACACCCCUUCCAAAGACAAGGUGGCUGGAAGCGGCCAGAAAAUCUUCACCUUUUGUCCCUCCACCAAUAUGUCCACCACACCUGGCUUCGAAGGUGUAACAUACACCAGCUAUGAACACUUUAAAACUGUGGUGGAUGGGGAACUGGAGAAGAGGAGAACCACCCUCUAAACCUGUUGUGGGUUGCAAUGACUGUCACACACACUGACACACACACACACACACAUACUGACAGACACAUACACGCUGACACACA